AUGAUCGCUGAAUAUUUGUUCCUUGACAAAUCUAUUAAAUUUGAUCCAGCAAUCUUAGACAGAUAUCCAGCAGUUGAAUAUGAUGGUUUUUCUCUACCAAAAUCAGUACCAAUGUUUUGUUUACCAAUGGGAGCUACUGUAGAAUGCUGGUCAGCUAAAGCACAACAUCCAUUACCUGUUUUUUCAACUUUUGUGUUAACUGAUGCAGAAGGUGACAGGAUAUUUGGUGCAGCAGUGACAUUCUAUGAGGAAUAUUCAGAGGACAGACUCAGUGAUCUACAAAUGAGACACUUAGGAUUAAAAAAUAAACAUAUUCGUGAGCAAUACCGUAUAUUAAAAACUGUUCAUUCUAAUAAAAGUAUCUGUUUGUUGUCUCAUUAUCCCUUUUUUGAUGCCUUUAAGAAGUUUUUAUCCUGCCUUUAUAAGAUCUGUAUAACAGGUCCACAUGAUGUGCCUAUAGAAAGAAGCUUUAGAUUUGGAACACAACAUAACAUUCAGAAUAUCAAUUAA